AUGUCGCAAUCCCACGCGGAGCCACAAGACAGCAGCAAUCUUAUGAUUAGAGAUGGAAGACACGACGGCCAUCGUAAUCAAGGUCCCAGGAAACAGGGCCCGCCAUCCCGAAACCCAUGGUGUACCUCGCCCACCCAUCACGGGACCCGUUGGUGGGGCCUCGCCUGCCUGUCCCAGAACCCUUCCCUUGGUGGGCCUCGCCCGCCCGUCCCAGGACCUGUGGUGGGCCUCGCCCGCCCAUCCCAGGACCCGUGGCAGCCUCGCCCAUGCGUCCUGGGACCAGUGGUGGCUGGGACGGGCGGCGGCCUCACCCACCCAUCUCAGGACCCGUGGUGGGCCUCGUCCACCUGUCCCGGGACCCGUGGUGGAUUCGCCCGCCUGUCCCGUGGACCCGUGGCAGAAUCGCCCAGCCGUCCCGGGACCUGUGGCAGAAUUGCCCGCCCGUCCCAGGACCCGUGGCAGGCCUGUCCCGGGACCCAUAUUGAGCCUUGCCCGCCAGUCCCAGGAAACAGGGGCUGCCAUCCGAGACCCAUGGUGUGCCUUGCCCACCCAUCACGGGACCCGUGGUGGGCCUCGCCCACCUGUCCCGGAACCCGUGGUGGGCCUCGCCCGGCCGUCCCAGGACCCAUGGUGGGCCUUGCCCACAUGUCCUGGGACCAGUGGUGGCUGGGACGGGCGGCGGCCUCACCCACCCAUCUCAGGACCCGUGGUGGGCCUCGUCCACCUGCCCCGGGACCCGUGGCAGAUUCGCCUGCCUGUCCCGUGACCCGUAGUGGAAUCGCCCGCCCGUCCCGGGACCUGUGGCGGAAUCGCCCGCCCGUCCCGGAACCUGUGGCGGAAUCGCCCGCCCGUCCCGGGACCCGUGGCAGAAUCGCCCGCCCGUCCCGGGACCUGUGGCGGAAUCCCCCGCCCGUCCUGGGACCUGUGGAGGCCUUGCCUGCCCGUCCAGGGACCCAUUGCGGAAUCGCCCACCCGUCCCAGGAGCUGUGGCGGAAUCGCCUGCCCGUCCCGGGACCCAUGGCAGAAUCGCCCGCCUGUCCCGGAAACGUGGGGGCCUCUCGUGAUCGUUCUUCUUCAGAAACAACGUUCUAG